AUGGCGGAUAUCACUGCGCUCCAAUUACCCGAUACGUCUCCUCCAUGCUUGCCUGCCAGCUUCUCCACAAGCUCUGAUUCUCCUGAGCGAGCCCAGCUGCUCUGGCGCUGCUCCUUUUCCUCGGUGUCCGCGCUAAGGGAGACUUUUUAG